AUGUACACCUAUGGUCGACGACGUUUGCGAGACAACGAGUUCCGCGUACUCCAGCUCGGUCUCGACAAUCACGGCAGCAUACGUGGCAGCCUCGAUGUGGUUACGUUCAACUCCAAUGACCAGUAUGCAACUCUGUCGUAUGUUUGGGAUCAUGACAACCUAGAUGGCUCCAUCGAACUUUGCGGCUUCACGAAGAGGAUCUCUCUUGGCCUUGCAAGGAUCAUCAGGCGACUAUACGAUUCACAGAUACGCAGAGUCUGGAUUGAUCAGCUGUGUAUCAAUCAGGAUGACUUACAAGAGCGCAAUCGGCAGGUUGCUCGAAUGCAGGACAUAUAUCGUGGUGGCCUGGAAUGCUUCGUAUACCUGGGCGAAGGCACUGGCUUCAGAGGAGAUCUGAAUUCCAUGCUGAGGUGGAUUAGGUUCUCCGUGGAUCACGCUGCGAAGGCUGCCAAUGGCGAUCUUGCUGUCAGCAUCCUUGACCUCUACCUGCGUCGCGACGCUCGGUUCCAUCCAGCUCGAAGCUCAACAAAUAUGGUGGCCGACUGUAUUGAUGGCAACCUCAGAGACCUACUGCCCUGCCAUCGCUGCAUCGAUUACAUCACAGCGCAAGACUAUUGGCACCGAGGCUGGGUCGUCCAGGAGCUGUUAUCUAGUCGCCGAGUGUAUUGCCUCAUAGGUGACGAGGAAUUUUCGUGGGAAGCAAUUCGUUCGUUGGCUUUCGACGUGCCAAUCAUACGAUCCAGCGAAGCCAAUACUGCGGCGCUGCGGAAGAUUCGCGCCACCAACGCCGUUGAUAGAAGCGAAGAGAGGGCAUGGACUUGGUCGUGGGAUUCCAACCUCGAGGCGCGAAGUGCCGACAACCUCCGCGCAUUCAACCGCUUCAUGGGGCUCUUAGAAGUGUGCAGGGACCAAAAUCUUGUCUCAUUAUUGCAAUCAGCCCGUAUGUUGAAGACUAGUGAUCCUCGGGACAAGGUAUUCGCCAUGCUCAGUCUAGCAAGUGAUGCCGCAGACUACCCUGAGGCAGAUUACACCUUGACGAAAGAGCAGGUGUAUCGACUUUAUGCAGACUGCAUGAUAAGGAACGGCCACGGUACUUCUGUACUUGCUGCAUCCCCUAGCUUGGGCGGAUCUGUGUACCGCCGCUGGCCAACCUGGACGCCUCGAUGGAAUCACACCUUUCCAGAAUUCUCGUGGAACACAAGCACGACAUUCUCUGCGGGUGGCCUUCAGCCUGCGAGAUUUCACUGUAAUGGCCAGACAACGAGAGUGAGUGCGUUCAUGUACGACAGCAUUCACUUCCGGUCCACAGCUUUGCAUGUAAGAAGUGAUCGAGUUUACACGGAAAUGGCACAAUUUGUCGAUGGACUUGUCACAAAGCUUACUCGGUCUCGCACCUCAGCACAGUCAUCGUCUUAUCUGAUGAAGAAUAUUGUACAUCUCUUGCUUUGCGACCCAACUAGCCAUCCAGGCUCUACAUUCCUGCAAGACAGCGGAGCUUCUAAACCAUUUCUAUACAAGCUAGAGAAGGGCUGGAACGAUUGGAACUUUGCCCUGCAUGAUACCGGAAGAGACGAAAUGCAAACAACCCAAAACGGAAGAGACUUGCAAGAGAUGAUCCUAGCCCGGGACCACCACUUCUGGUUCGACAGCUGGAAAAGUGUGAUGGGAGAUACCGGCACGGAAAAGUACCUGCGUAAACUCAUCGGCAAACAUCUGAAGCGCCGUGGCCUACCAUACUUCAACUGCUUAGUCGGCAAAGAUCAUGCGUCGAUGUGUGUGGUGACACUGCGCUCCCGUCAAGCCGCUAAAUGCGACGAGACUGCUCACCGAUAUGUCAUGGGUCUGGCUCCGGCCACAUGCCGUCCAGGAGAUAAGGUGGCCAUCAUAAAGGGCGCCCGUGCUCCGUUCAUCUUGCGAAGACGAGCGUCCGGCGAGUAUUGGAAUCUCGGGCAAGCCUACAUUAGGGGCGUGAUGAGAGGUGAAGUUGUAAAAGGGCUGAAGAAGGACGACUUUUGGCAUAUUGACAUCGUGUGA